AUGUCACCUUCUGUAGACGUAGUAAAGCGGAGGCGCAUUACGAAGCAAGAACCUGGAAUCGUAGGAAGUAAUGGCGAUAGCAACAACUUGAAUCCAGUUGGAUCUAGUACAUCUAAAUUCAAGCCUGGUUAUUUGAUCCAGGUUAAGGUGUGGAAUUUUACCACCUAUACUUAUGGUGAAUUUAAUCUCUCACCGACUCUUAAUAUGAUAAUUGGACCCAAUGGGACAGGAAAGUCAACUUUGGUGUCCGCCAUAUGCCUUGGUCUUGGAGGUAAGAUAGAUUUAAUUAAAAGGAAAUCUAUGAAGAGUAUGAUAAAGAGUGGGUUUGAGGAGAGUAAAAUUAUUAUCACCUUAAAGGGAAGAGAAGAAAACGAAGAAUUCAUCAUUGAAAGGAAAUUCACAGAGAGGGAAUCCAAAUGGAGAUUAAACGGUAACAGAUCGGACGAAAAAUCGAUAAGAAAACUAGUGCUAUCUUUUAACAUCCAAUUGGAUAAUCUCUGUCAUUUUCUUCCACAAGAAAGAGUUGCAGAAUUCGCAGGAUUGUCGCCUGAAAAGCUACUCUUGGAGACUGAGCGUACUAUAGGUGAUGGGCUGUUACUUUCCAUGCACGAAAACUUGAUUCGUAACGACAAUGAUAUAGUCGAAUUGAAAUUGAAAAUAGAUCAAACAGAAAAGGCAUAUGCAAACUUAAUGGAAGAAAAGGAUAGGUUACAAGAGGAGGCGAAGAAAUAUGAGGAAUAUCAAACCAAGACACAGGAUUUAAACAAUCACGUAAAAUUAAUACCCUAUGCUCAGAUUCAAGAUUUAAAAUUGAAGCAGAAACAUCUCAAAAAAGAGAGAGACUUGGCCAAGAAGGCAAUAGAGAAAUUUAACUCAAACUCUAAGCCAAUUCAAACAGAAUUGACAAAAUUCGAAAAGUCCUACGACAGGGAAUUGAAAGAAUUAGAACAACUUGAUCUUUCCAAGGAAUCUGUCUUGAAUGAAUUUAAAGAUCAGCACAGGUCCAAAUUACAAGACAAGGAAAAAAUUGCCGAACUCAAACACGCAAUAACCCAACUAAAAGCACGCUCUUCAAGGAAAUUAGAAGAAUUAGAGCAAAGGAAAGUGGAAUGUGAUGAAAUUAAAAGGAAAAUUGCUAAUGAUUUCCCCGAAAGUCAAAGUCACAGAUUUAAUGAAGACCACAUUGAAAGGUUACGGGUUUCUAGAGAUGAGAAACAUUCAGAAUUAGAAGAAAUCAAUAGAGAAUUGGAAGAAUUGGAAAGAAUUUUGAGACCAAAAAAGCAACAUUUCGAAAAUUUGGAGCAAGAAAUGAAUGAAAACAAAGAGAGAUUAACAUCCACUGACAAGCUUGUAGUCUUACAAAAUGCAAUUCAAAAUAAUAGAAGCAGGGGAGGGAAUAGUGGUGGUAAUACAACUGAACUACUUACAAAUACCUUUGGGGCUCAUAGGCUCCUCAGAAAAAAUUAUUUGCCAGAGUACAAAGGAAAAUACUUCGAAGCACCAGUAGUUUCAUGUGAAAUUAGUGACAAACGGUAUUGUAAAUAUCUUGAAAAGGUAAUUGAUAAUAAUACUCUUCUCUGUUUGUCAUUCAAUGACAAGCAAUAUUAUGAUGAAGUAAACAAGAUUGUCUUCCAAAAAUACAAUGCUCCCAUGAGAGUCAUAACUAAACAAGCACCUCAAUCUAAAAUUCCAGUUCGGGAUAUUAAGAAAUUUGGAUUUGAUGGUUACUUAUCUGACUUCAUAUCUGGACCGAUGGAGGUUUUGAAUAUGUUAAAUGAAAUUUCCAAACUAAAUCAAAUUCCUGUUUCAGUCAACCCACUAUCUGAAGCACAAUUAAAUAAAUUACUUAAUGGAGAAAGGGUACCAUUCACUAAAUUUUUAUCCGGAGAUAAUCUAUUUAGUAUAUCCAGGUCAAGGUAUGGUUCGAAACAGCUCUUCUACACUACAGAGAAGGUGCCCGAAGCUAAAUUGUUUAGCAGUACAACUGGGCUCACAGAGCAUGCGAAGGGAGAAAUAGAGACAUCUAUACGCGACAUUAAAAACCAAAUGCAAAAUAUUAUAGCUGAAGUUGAAACAUUCAAGGAAAAUAUUUCAAGUUUAAAAAAGGCGAGAGCAGAAGCUAAAGAUAAAUUUGACACCUUAACGAGCCAAUUUGAAGAUAUCAUCAAACUAAAGAAUUUGAAAGUUACGCUUGAAGGAAGACUUUGGACAAAGGAGGCACAAAUGAAAAAACUAGCAGAAGAAUCAAAUAGAGAUUGUUCGGAAAAGAUUAUGCAAAUUGACGCCAGGAUUAAACAAAAAUAUCAUUCAAUUGCUAAUGCUGAACUCAAAAAUGCGACUUUACUCCGUAGCUUAACUGAAUACAGUGCUCAGAUUUGCCAUAGAGAAUUCAUCUGCCUUCAAUGGGAAAAUAGAAUUGCUACUGCCAAGGGACUUCUUAUUGAUUUAGAAGGGCGCAAAGAACAAUUACAAAGUGAUUAUGCUGCUGCAAAAGCUAAGUAUGAUGAAAUCAAAAAGAGUGAUGCAGCAAAGAAAAUUCAAGAGCAAAGUAGUUCAUAUACGGAUGAAGAGAGACAAAUACUUGGAAAUCUUGCUGCUAUGUAUUUAGACUCCAACACUCUUACAGAAGUUAACAUCCGCGACAAAAUUAAACUUAUUGAAGAAGAACGUUCACUUAUGCUGACAGUAGAUCAGUCGUCAAUGGAAGCAUUAAGAAGGAAGCUACAAGAGAUUGAGUUUGCUGACAAAGAGCUUCCAAUCCUAAAGUCUAAUGAAAGAAAACUAGCACGUCGUAUAGAACUUAUUAGACUGGAGUGGGAGCCACAAAUUACUGACCUCAUAAACAAGAUUUCCCAAACUUUCCGUAAGAGAUUUACUUCAGUUGCAAGUGAUGGCCAAGUGGAAAUUGGAAAGGCUGACAGAUUUAAGAACUGGAAAUUACAAAUUCUUGUUAAAUUUAGAGAAAAUUCAGAUCUUAAGAUCCUUGAUCAUCAAUCACAAUCAGGUGGAGAAAGAGCGGUUUCAACUAUUUUUUUCAUUAUGUCUUUACAGGGUCUUACUGAAGCUCCAUUCAGAGUUGUUGAUGAAAUAAACCAAGGUAUGGACCCAAAGAAUGAAAAAAUGGCCCAUAAAUAUCUUGUACACACGGCAUGUGCUAAUAAAUCUUCCCAGUACUUUUUAGUAACUCCAAAAUUAUUGACUGGUCUAUACUACCAUCCGGAUAUGAUGAUUCAUUGUAUAUAUACAGAUUCAAACUAUUCAAGUGAUAAUAAUGAUAGGAAGAAGAAAUCAAAACCUUCCGAUUUCUUGGAUUUUGCAAGAAAGUUGGCAAUAACAACCUGA